GAAGGACACCUGCGUUCAAGAAAAUCUGCCAACACUCCACAAGAGUCUUCCAGACAUCAUGUCCCUCCUUUAUAUUUCCAUCUUAUGGGUCUGUGCCUGUGUGGACAGUGCAGAAUCUCUGGUUACUGUAUCAGCUCAAGUGGGUUCCACAGUCAUCCUGCCAUGUAACCUGACUGAAGAGUUCAAACAAACACCAGUUAUUAGGUGGCAGUUCAAUAAAGACACUGUGUUUGAGAGAAGCAGUAAUGGUACAUAUUCAGGUUCAGGAUAUAAAGGACGUGUGGAUGUUCCUGUGGACGAGCUGCGUAAAGGAAACUGUUCCCUGGUGUUGAGGAACGUCAGAUUUACUGAUGACCAAAUCUACAAAUCCUUUAUAAUGGUGCAUGGGGACACUAAUAACACUACGGAUGCAAAAGAAAUUAACAGUGUUACACUCUCAGUCUAUGCUCUUCAGAUAUCAGCUCCAGUGGGUUCCACAGCUGUCUUGCCAUGUGAUUGGAGUCAUCUGUUCAUCAAAACACCUUACGUUAAGUGGUUUAUCGAUAAGAAGACUGUGUUUGAGCGAAAGGGUAACAAUUCACAUCAGGGUGAAGGAUAUGAGGAUCGUGUGGACGUUCCUGAGAACGAGCUGCUUAAAGGAAAAUGUUCCCUGGUGAUGAAGAACAUCAGUGUUAGUGAUACAGGAAUCUACAGCAGCUCCAUGUUAAUUACAGACUCACAGAAAUCUGUCUUGGUCCAGAAGGUUAAACUGUCAGUUGUUGAUGAUUCAGACUCGCACCAGACUAGACGGAAAAACUGGAUUAUUUUAUAUGUUAUGAUCGUAAUCAUCAUCAUCAUCAUCAUCAUCAUCUGUGUGUCGGUGUACUACAAGGUGAAAGGUCUCAGACGUGCCACCAACUCCACUGAACAGAUCAUCUUAAACUUCAUCCCUGAGCUACUGAGCUGAUGUUCAUCUCUGGAGCUUCAUCACCAUGUCAGGAUCUUCUGAUUUACUGCAGAACUCUCAGAUCACACAUCAUGGACCAUCAGUUACUCUUCUAUCUAACCUGACUUGGUCUUGGUCACGUGAUGUUACACUAAAUAAUGAACUGUGAAGGGCAGGAAUUUUUACAUUUAUAUUUUUUUGUUGUUUUAUUUUGAUGUUGUUUGUUGUGUUUACAUUGCAGCAGUGGACACAGUAUGUACAAUGGCUGAAGUCAUGUGUAGGAACUUUAUACAGUUGUAUGCAAAAGUUUUGGAACCCCUGACAAUUUCAAAUAUUUGGGUGUCAGCAAUUUCAUUUUGAUUUAUCAAAUAACUGAAGGACACUAA